CCUCUGCGGCAAAUGCACACCCGCCGGACGGAGCAUCCUGACGGAGGUUUCGUUUACCGCGUACCCGUAACGAAAUCGGAAGAUCGUGCGAAAUGUUUCCAUGUGCUGAAAACAAUUUCACCAGUAGCAGCAGGAUUGCCAACAACAGCAGCAUAAUGAAGUUCUACCUUUUCCUCGCCAUUAUCGUGUGCGAAUCGUGCAAUUAUUUUUCUCACGCCGAAUAUGAUUCUCUAGUCGAGUUGGCAAACGGUCCGGACCUUGGAUCACUUACCGGUGGCCAUCGACUAACCCUGGAAGACUCAUCCGAGACGAAUGGUGGCGAGUGGGCACCGUUCUACCCAUGGAGUGCAGCCGUUAAGCGUAGCGCCAAGUCAGACAUCCAGACGCGUCGUCGCAGUGCACUCGAUAAGAACUUUAUGCGCUUCGGACGAUCGGACAAGGACAUGCUGCGACAGGCGCGUGCCAAUCUGAUGCGCUUCGGUCGACCGGAUCGUAACUUCUUGCGGUUCGGACGGGACCCGUACGCAGCGCUACUGCACGACGAUGAGCUCAGCAAAGAGUAUGCCACCUCAACGGAACAGCUUGAACCUUCCAACCAAGCGCCAGGCGACGAACCCGCGGCUACGAAGCGUAACGGUGGGCUUGGUGCGUCGGAAGAAAUGUUAAGCACCGGCCUGUCAGAAUCGGGCGAACAGAUUAAACCGAAACAAAUCCUGUACAUCCGCCGUGACUCGCCGAAGAAUCUGAUGCGCUUCGGUAAGCGACGUUCGACCGGGUCCGGCUAUCUGCGGUUCGGUCGGGCCGGAAACUUGAUGCGAUUCGGGCGAGCAAGCGACGAACCCUCGGUUGCACUAUUGGCUGCCAGCUCGCAGUUCGGACGGACGGCCCGUGCCGGACCGAAUCUGAUGCGAUUCGGACGGGCCGGUAACCUGAUGCGCUUUGGGCGGGCUGACACGAAUGGCAACGGAACACGAACACGAACCGAAGAGUUGAACGGUACCAGUGCUGGCCAGGCACCGGAUACGCUUCCGCCCAAUCUACUGGAGCUGUUUGAGAAGGAACCGGACCGGAUGUUGCUGGAUGCGUUGGAAGCCGCCCAAGAAGCGGACGAGCGUCUUCCGCUGUAUAUAGUGGAAAAGAAGUAGUGCGUAAUGGCUAGGGCGAGCAGUUCUUCCAAAGAGGAUCG